ACUUUUGUAGGAACCUCCACGAGACGCUGACUUGAGAAGACGCGGUCAUGGCGAGCGGUGGGUUCACGGCGGUAGACUACGCGGUACUGGCGGCCCUGCUGGCGCUGUCGGUGUCCAUCGGUGUCUGGGUGGCGUGGCAGGACCGGCGCCGCCAGAGCAGCCGCCACUUCCUCACCGCCCGCGGACAGCUGGGCUGGCUGCCCGUCUCCCUGUCCAUGAUGGCCAGCUUCUUCUCGGCCGUCAACGUGCUCGGCCUGCCUGCCCAGGUGUUCAUGCGAGGCUCGUUGCUCUGGAUGGGCGUGUUUGCCACAUCCGGCGGUGUCCUCCUGUCGGCGUUCCUUUUCCUGCCCGUGUACCACGGCCUCAACCUCACCAGCAUCAACGAGUACCUGGAAAAACGCUACAGCUCCACCCUGAUCAGGAACGUAGCCUCCGGCGUCUUCAUACUCCAAACGGUUCUCUACACCGGAGUGGCGUUGUACGGGCCGUCCUUGGCAGUGUCAUCGGUGACCGGCUUGUCCGUGUGGACCUCAAUCGUCGUGAACGGCUUGGCCUGCACCUUCUACACGAACAUCGGAGGCCUAAAGGCAGUGGUGUGGACGGACGCAGUUCAGAUGAUACUGAUAUACGCGAGCUACAUUAUAGUUAUUACAGCGGGCGUGCUGCAUGUCGGAGGAUUCGGCAACAUGAUAAGACUGGCUGACGAGGGAGGGCGGAUCAAAAUAGUCAACUGGAGCCUGAGCCCGUACGAGACGUUCACGUCGUGGGCGCUGCUUCUGUCCUGGACGGUGCGCUGGUGCUCGGCCUACUGCGCCAGCCAGACGCAGAUGCAGCGUAUCUCCAGCCUGCCAUCUGCCAAGCAGGCACGCCGAGCCGUGCUGUUCAACCUGCCGGCGGCAGCGAUCACAACGUUCCUGCCGGUGUUGGCUGGUCUCGCGCUGGUCGCCGUCUACAAGGACUGCGACCCGAGGCUCACCGGAGACAUAAAAAAGCCGGACGAGUUGAUGCCGUACAUUGUUCAAGACCUGAUGGGAAAAUACCCAGGCCUAUCGGGACUCUUGGUAGCUUCCGUCUUCAGUGGCUCUUUGAGCACCCUGUCGUCUGGCUACAACUCCAUGGCGGCGGUCACGUGGGAAGACCUCAUCCGGCCACGAGUGAAGCUGACGGAGACCCAGUCCAUCGUGCUGAUCAAGUGCGUUGGUACAGUCUACGGCGUGCUGUCUAUAGCCGUGGCAUUCCUUGUCGGCUCACUGAAGUCCAUCAUGCAGGCUUCCACUAGUCUCUUGGGAGUGACUUCGGGUCCGCUGCUGGCCAUCUUCCUAUUGGGCGUCCUAGCUCCCUGCUGCAAGAAAACGGGAGCGCUGACGGGCAUGCUUGCCGGGCUGUUCGUCGCCUCGUGGCUCGUCAUCGGUUCGAUCCUUUACCCUCGCCCCAUAGACCAGCUGCCUACGUCCACGGCCGGGUGUUCCAGCUUCAACCAGACCCUGACGCUGGGCUCGUUCGAGCCUCCGCCAACGCCCAGCGGCCUGAACCAUUUCUACCACAUAUCCUUCAUGUGGACUCACUUCGUCGGCUUCGCCACUUCGCUGGUAACAUCGCUAGUCGUCAGCCUAAUAUUCGACAGAGGAAGCACUGAAGAGGUCGAUGCCAGAUAUCUUUCUCCAUUGGCAAAACGAUUCAGCGGCCAUCAUAGCGAAAAGGUGGCAAAUAUUCAGGUUUUGUGGGUGCCCGAGAAGGAUAAGGCAUCGCCCAUGGAGCUCGAAAAACUUGUGGAAUUCGAACAGGACAAGCAACGCGUGCAAGCGACGGUUACCAAGUGACCAUCAAUGCCGCCUAACACUGUGGUAGCUGCGGACGUCUGCCCCACUUCACUCGUGUUUUGAUGCAGCCAAGGCUGCGAAUGAGGUCACCUUUUGUACAUAUACACAUGUAUAUAGUUGAACAUACAUAAAUCAAAUGCGCUUAGAGACUGAAA